AAUUAGAAGUACCUCCUAUGAUUCUGGAACGUAUGCAACAUUCAAUCUACCAUCUGUAUCGUAUCCGAGUUCUGGAAGUGGUGUCUUGUCAUUUCGUUUCUUUUACUACACCAAUGACCCGAGCCCGCUGUAUGGAUCUUUAACUGUCACAGCUUGUGAGGGGGAGGAUCCCAUCUUUAGUGAAGGUGAUCUUCCAGGGCAGUGGUACUUUAGACAAGUACCUUUCACCUGUGCAUCAUCUGUUAAGAUAUCUUUCACCGCUAUCCGAGGGUCCAAACCAACGACCAUACGAGUUGACGAUAUUAGCUUGACGGAAAUACGACAUACUACAACUGAAUUGGUGACAACCAAAACUUUGCAAGCAACAACUGCUUUCGCAAGAAGUAGUUCAUCGACCAUGUCCAUGAUGUCGACUCUUGUUUUGAAUACCCAACGUGCUCAACUUGAUUCUACAAGUAAGGCAGUGGAAAACACACACCCACCAUCAGGAGCUACACAAGGAAUUAAAGACAGGGAUAGCGGACGAUCGAACCGAGCAGUGGCACCUGUAGUAUCAUCAGUCCUUUGUGUUAUAAUUGUUAUUUGCUUGGUGGUGACAUGCUACGUCUUCUGGAGAAAGAGACGCGGAACAAAUAAGACCGAUGAUAAAGACCCAAGUGACAACGGUGACUUGUACAUCAACCCAAUAUACUCAUCCCAGGAUACUCCUCGCUUCAAACAUGACCUCCUGUCCCGGCCUCCUGCAGGUACCCAUCCCCAAGAAACGAACAAAGCUCAAGGAGAUACAGAGGAACACGUGGAAUACGAGGGAUAUGUCGGGCAAGGUUCGCCUAUUCACCGUUGUCCUUCUUCAGACACUGAUCUAAAUAGAUAUUCAAAUAAACACGAUCGCUCUAGUCAAGAAGGGCGAUUGGAUGUCGGCAUCGCCGCUGAUGAGGAAAACGAACAAAGCUCUUUUGAUCUUGAACGGGUUACAGAAAACACAGAAUCUCCGUUUUACGAGAACUAUACAGCGUUGGAGACCACAGAUGAGGCAAAAGGGGCACCUGUGUAUUACAGCUACGAAGGCGAUAAUAGUGGGGAAGGGCAAAAUUCUGCCACUGAAAGCGGCCGGAUUGAGGACUUUGAACCCCUAUAUAGCGAAGAAGUAUAUGGCGAUUUUCAGUAGGGAACUGCCAUUUUGUAUCCAGAUCUGGCAUUUCUUAGGAGAUUGUGUUUGGGGACAAUAUAUAUUUUUUAAAAAUCUAAGAUUUUUUCUGGACUUUCGACAUAUUUCUUGAACUGACUCUUAACUUAAAAAAAAAAUAUAUAACUAUAAAUGCAAUUCUAGCAUUAUUUUUUUAAUAAACAUCACUUCGAGCAACUUAACAUUAUUGUGCACAUGAACAUGUAUUGUUUAUUUAUAAUCGUCAAUCCACUAUCGCAGUUUAUGUCAAUAGUAGAUUCAACUUUAAUUACGUGAGUACAAAGUAUAUAUUUCAUUAAUAUCAUUUUUAACAAGACAAAUAUUUUGUAAUGGAGCAUUUAAAGGUCCCAGACCCGACUAACAUUCAUGCUAUUUUCUGAUUCCUAUUAUCCUGUAAACUAUUAUAUUUCAUUACAUUUCUAUGAUUUAGGUUUUUAUGCUGUAUUUGUAUUUUUAUAAUAAAUUGAAAUUCAAGUUCAAUUCCUUUCGUAAGCGAAAUAGUGUGCGUUGAAAAAAAACCUUCAUUGUUCUUAAUGAUAUAGCAUCCGUGUUGUGCUAAAGGUCAAGUCCACCCCAGAAAGAUGUUUCUUUGAACCAAUAGAGAAAAAUCAAACAAGCAUGCUGAAAAAAUCAUCAAAAACGGAUGUAAAACAAGAAAGGUAUGACUUUUUAACGUUUCGCUUAAUUUUUACAAAACAGUUAUUUGCUCAACUCAGUGAUAUGCAAAUGAGAUAGUUGAUGAUGUCGCUCACUCACUAUUUCUUAUGUUUGUUAUUGUUUGAACGAUAUGAUAUUUCAUUUUUUUAAAGACGUGACAGUAAGGACCAACAUGAGUCAGCCAUAAUCAAUGAGGAGUAAAUUUUGUUCCAACCAAUAAGAAGCAAAUCAGAAUAUUUCAUGUAAUAAAAUACAAAAGAAAUAGUAUGGGUGACGUCAUUAUUCCCUUCAUUUGUAUGCCGACCAGGAUGUGCAUAUAACUGUUUUGUGAAAUUAGGCUUAGCCGGCAUUACUUCAUUUAUUUUACA